UGUUUUGCACGAACGUUAACAAAAAAAGAAAGAAAAAAGAAAAAAAAACAGAGGAAAGGAGUUUGCUUGAUGUUUUAGUGAAAUGGACGUAAGAUUUUAUUCACCACCUCCACCACCACAGCCUGCAGCCACUCCUGAUACCCCUUGUCUGGGACCUUCUCCCUGCCUGGACCCCUACUAUUGCAACAAGUUUGACGGUGACAACAUGUAUAUGAGUAUGACAGAGCCGAGCCAGGACUAUGUGCCAGCAAGCCAGUCUUUUCCUGGUCCAAGUCUUGAAAGUGAAGAUUUUAACAUACCUCCCAUAACUCCUCCAUCAUUACCUGACCACUCACUGGUGCACCUGAAUGAGGUAGAGUCUGGGUACCACUCUCUGUGUCACCCAAUGAACCAUAACGGCCUGCUUCCAUUUCAUCCACAAAACAUGGACCUACCUGAAAUUACAGUGUCCAACAUGCUUGGCCAAGAUGGGACACUGCUUUCAAAUUCACUUUCUGUGAUGCAAGAUUUACGGAACGCAGAAGGAGCUCAAUAUAGUUCCCACCCUCAGAUGGCAGCCAUGAGACCAAGGGUUCAACCUGCAGAAAUUAGGCAGCCAGGAAUGAUGCAGCAUGGUCAGCUGACUACCAUUAACCAGUCACAGCUCAGUGCUCAGCUUGGUUUGAAUAUGGGUGGAAACAAUGUUCCCCAUAACUCUCCAUCUCCACCUGGAAGCAAGUCUGCAACUCCCUCACCAUCCAGUUCAGUCCAUGAAGAUGAAGGGGAUGAUACCUCUAAGGUCAAUGGAGGAGAGAAGCGACCUGCUUCUGAUAUGGGAAAGAAACCCAAAACUCCCAAAAAGAAGAAGAAGAAGGACCCUAAUGAGCCACAGAAGCCCGUGUCUGCCUAUGCAUUAUUCUUCCGAGACACUCAAGCAGCCAUCAAGGGCCAAAACCCAAAUGCUACAUUUGGUGAAGUCUCUAAAAUUGUAGCUUCAAUGUGGGAUGGCUUGGGAGAGGAACAAAAACAGGUAUACAAAAAGAAAACUGAAGCUGCUAAGAAGGAAUAUUUGAAGCAGUUAGCUGCAUACAGAGCAAGCCUUGUAUCCAAGAGCUACAGUGAACCUGUUGAUGUUAAGGCGUCCCAACCGCCUCAGAUGAUUAAUUCAAAACAGUCAGUGUUUCAUGGGCCCACACAGGCUCAUUCCGCACUGUACUUAAGCUCCCAUUAUCACCAACAACCCGGAAUGAAUCCGCACAUAACUGCCAUGCACGCUAAUAUCCCCAGGAAUAUCGCACCCAAGCCCAACAACCAAAUGCCAGUGACUGUUUCCAUAGCAAAUAUGGCUGUGUCCCCACCUCCACCGCUUCAGAUUAGCCCACCUCUCCACCAGCAUCUCAACAUACAGCAACACCAGCCAAUUACAAUGCAGCAGUCCAUUGGAAACCAACUCCCAAUGCAAGUCCAGUCUGCUUUACAUUCACCUACAAUGCAGCAAGGAUUUACUCUUCAGCCUGAUUAUCAGAAUAUCAUCAACCCUACAUCUACAGCUGCACAAGUUGUUACCCAAGCAAUGGAGUAUGUUCGUUCAGGGUGCAGAAAUCCUCCAGCACAGACUGUGGACUGGAAUAAUGACUACUGCAGUAAUGGGGGCAUGCAGAGGGACAAAGCACUGUACCUUACCUGAAAAUCUGGAAAACCUCUCCUUUCCGUUGAGGAUUGCAGGGAAGUCUUUUCAUCACGGAUUGCUUUAUGCAGUCAAGGCAGUUCUGCAUUUUAUUAGAAAAUACAAGUUGCUAAGCACUUAGGACUAUUUGAGCUUGUGGGUCACCCACUCUGGAAAAAAUAGUCUUGCUUCUUUCUUUCUUUUUUUAUUUUAUUUUAUUUUUUUUCUCAGAGAUCCUUUAACGGACAUUGCUUUUCUUCUUUCCUGAAGGAAAAUUGGACUACUCAGAUUUUAUGUUGGUUUUUGCUGUGAAGUGCUGCGCUAGUAACUGCCUUAGCAACUGUAGAUAAAAGUCCUGGAUUUUCCAUUGGUUUUCAUAAUGGGUGUUUAUAUGAAACUACUAAAGACUUUUUAAAUGGCUUGAUGUAGCAGUCAUAGCAAGUUUGUAAAUAGCAUCUAUGUUACACUCUCCUAGAGUAUAAAAUGUGAAUGUUUUUGUAGCUAAUUGUAAUUGAAACUGGCUCACAAUAGGGGUUAAAUUGGCAAACAUUCAUAUUUUUACUUCAUUUUUAAACAACUGACUAAUAGUUCUAUAUUUUCAAAGUAUUUGGAAAAAAUAGUAUUCCCAAAUGGUGUUAAUUAAAAAUAUUGGCUUUGUCUCAUUAAAUAGAUAAAAGGGUGAAAAAAACUAGUCUUGGGAAAGAGCACAAACACAUUUAUUUUAUACUGCCUAAAAAUGCUUUUUUUUAAAAAAUCACUUUACGUGUAAUGGUUAGUAAACAUCAAUUAAGUCCUUUUAUGUAUAAAACUGCCAAAUGCUUACCUGAUAUUUUAUUAGAUGCAGAAACAGAUUGG